AUGGCCCCAGCAGUUCCUCUCGACCCACUCCUUCAAGACACCGGAAGCGAGCAAGCCCAUAUCGAACCAAGCCAACAAACCAGCGAGGUCACUGAAAGCCAACGAGGAGACGAGCUGGGAACCAAGAGGUCGUCCAGCUAUACGGAAGCCGAGGAUGUCCAGCUUUGUCGUUCCUGGAUCGUUAUAUCGGAGGAUCCUCUGAUUGGUACUAAUCAAGAUGGCGCGACGUUUUGGAAACGGGUCCACCUGUCUUUCUCAAAAGAACUUCCGGAAGCGCGUCGAACCCCUGGCAGUUUGAAAGCUCAUUGGGGAGCAUUGCAGAAGGUCAUCAGCAAGUUCCGAGGCUUCGUUAACCAGGUCGAACAACACGAAGAGAGUGGUGCUUCAGCCGAAGAUUGCCUUAACCGGGCUCUUGAACUCUUCUCCAAAGACCAGGGCUCCUCAUUCAAACACCUUCGAUGUUUCAACAUUCUCGUUAAAGUCCCAAAAUGGAGCACCUACACAGACGAAAACAGCAAAAAAAACCGAUCAUCGACUCAAAAGAAGCGAGCUAGAAGCCCGAGUAGCGAUGCCCCCGCCUCAUCGGUUUUGAAUCCCGAUGAUGUUACGGAUGCUGAAGACAACUCAACGGACACUUCCUCGCUUCCACGUCCGAUUGGCAACAAGAAGGCAAAGUUUCUUCAUCAACUCGCAAGUAAGGAAGAGGCUUGGAAGGAGAUGAUUGCUCGCGCUCAUGAGUCGGUCGCAAACGAGACGAAACGACAGAAUGAUAUUUUCGAUUUGGAAGCAAAGACCUUAGACCGGAUGGCUCAGACCGGAGAACACAACGCUCAGGUAUCAAUUAUGGACAAGGAUUUAUCCAACCUCGAUGAUGAUUCAAAAGAAUAUUUUAGAUUAAAAAAAAAACAAAUAUUAAGUGAUCUUCGACGCAACUCCUCCACUUAG